AUGGCCGACCACGCGUGGCAGCAUGUGCCCCGUGAAAGCUACCCAGAGGCUGUUUUUGAAAGUCCUCUGGGCCCCCAGCUGCCGGUGGUGCCCUGGUGGGGGUUGAGCCCCCUUCUUGGGCGCCAGGCCAACAGAAGACUGACGCCACUUCCUCUGGUGGAACCACAGCUUUCUGACACCGUGGUCCACUCACUCCGCCUGCCCCUGGCUGCCCUGGAGGUCGGCACGGCCAUGGCUUGGCCCCUGCUGCUGCUGUCCCUGCUGCCGUCCCUGGCGCUGCAGGCGGGUGGCUCAGCAGUAUCUCCUGGAGACUACGGGAUCAACCAACCCAAACACCUCUCAGCCCCUGUGGGUGGCUCCAUCGAAAUCCCCUUCUCCUUCUAUCAUCCCUGGGAGUUAGCCGAGGAUCCCAAAGUGGCUAUAUCCUGGAGACGGGGGCACUUCCACGGGGAGUUCUUCUACAACACGACCCCACGCUUCACCCACAAGGAUUUCAAGAACCGGCUCCGUCUGAACUGGACACAGGGUCAGGAGAGCGGCUCCCUCAGGAUCCGGAACCUGCGGAGGGAGGACCAGACUGUGUAUUUCUGCCGAGUCCAUCUGAACACAAAGACCGAAGGCAGGCAGACAUGGCAGAUCAUCGAAGGGACCAACCUCACCAUCACCGACGGUGACAGAAAAACCAAAGCCAAAACCCCAGCCAGGGAAGACUCCCAAAACAUGGAAGAGAAAUAUGAGAGUACUGGGAAUAAAGGACAACACCCAGACCCCAAGCUGCAACCCAAGGCUGACGGCAUCGUCUACGCCUCCCUUGAUCUCUCCGGCUCCUCCUCACCUCCCAGCCACCAGAGCCUUGGGAGUCCCCAGCAAGAGACCCUAUACUCUGUUUUAAAGGCCUAACCGGUGGCCUGAAUGAUAAGGCUGAGCAAGAUGAAGCACACCUGCGAUCCCAGCGACUUGCGAGGCUGAGGCAAGGAAAAGCGCUUGAGC